UGCGGCCUGUCAUCGGUGAGACUCGGAUGUGUCUGAAUGGACGCUGCAGUUAAAUCCUAUAGCUCAAUGUUACAUUUUUUACUAGCUAUAUAUUUCUGUCGGCACCGAUGUUUUCCUUGGUAAUCGUGUCAUCACUCCUGGCUGUUUCGGCUAAUGCGGAUUUUUUCCAAUUCGAAAGCAUCUCCAAUGUUUCUACCUAUUAUUUCAAUUACCUCUAUUGCAAUAUUUGGGAAGGAGACUGUCAACCACAUCAGGAUGACGCGACUCAACAAGUGCCUACUGGGGACAUUUGGUCAGGGUUUCCCCAGUACUAUACUGGCAUACUGACAGCCUGGUACUGCAGCGUGGGUCAGUGCUGCGAUUCAGGAGACUGCAGGAUCACAAAUAACAUCACAGGUUUGGAGCGAGAUCUCCAGCUGAAGCUCCACGGGCAGCAUCUGGCCCAGUCUGUGGUUCUGAAAGCGAUUCAAGGCUUCAUCAAAAACCCUGAGUCCAACAAACCUCUGACUCUGUCCUUUCACGGCUGGUCUGGGACAGGCAAGAACUUUGUGGCCCGGAUAGUAGCGGACAACCUGUACCGGGACGGUAUAAAGAGCGAAUGUGUGCGUUUGUUCAUUGCCCCAUUCCACUUCCCUCACGCGAGGUUGGUGGACGUGUACAAGGGCCAGCUGAGAGAAGCCAUACGAGACAUGGUUCUACGCUGCCCACAGACUCUCUUUAUCUUCGACGAGGCCGAAAAACUUCAUCCGGGACUCAUCGACGCCAUAAAGCCCUACAUGGACCACUACGAUAAUGUGGAUGGGGUCAGCUAUAGGAGAGCCAUAUUUCUGUUCUUAAGCAAUAUCGGUGGUGGUGCCAUCAAUGAGGUGGCGCUAGAUUUCUGGCACUCAGGACAGAACAGGGAAGAUAUUGGCAUGGAGGACCUGGAACAUCUUCUGCGUGCUGAAGCCAUGGAGGCAGAAGGAGGUUUUGCACAGAGCGAGCUGAUGUCAGGCCAUCUGAUUGACUUCUUUGUACCGUUCUUGCCGCUGGAGUACCGUCACGUGAAGCUGUGUGCCCACGACGCGUAUGCAGCUCGUGGCCUUCAGCCGGAUGAGGGAACGCUGGACGAAGUGGCCAAAGCCAUGCUGUAUGUGCCUAAAGAGGAGAAACUCUUCUCUGCACAAGGCUGCAAAUCCAUCCCCCAAAGAAUCAACUUCUUUCUACCGUAAUGGCAUUAAAGAAACACACAACAACACACUUGAAUGCAGCAGAAAUGACUGCUGAUGACUGAAAUGCACAUCCUACAACAUUGACAAUGCAAGCAAAACAAAAAAGUGGAGUUUCGACUCUGUACCGUACACUCUUGACAGAAACAGAGGGGCUUGUUCUUCGCAAACUCUUCUGUAAUUAUAUUUUUAGGAACUUUUUAUCUACACUACAGUUUACAUGCAUUGAGUGUACUUAAGCAGCAAAACCUCUUUAAAAAUUGUGCAUUUACAGUGAUGUACUUGAAGUGGAGCCCUAGCAGCCAUUGACACAACAUUAUAUUUGUGUUUUACUUUUAAAGUUGAUGGAAUUGAUUUUUGCAACCAUACAUGAUAUCUAUUUCUGAGUUAAACCGGAUGUUCUAGAUCAUAGGUCUCAAACUGGAUUCCUAGAGAGCCGCAGCUCUGCACAGUUUAGUUCCAGUUCAACACACUUACUUGUAGGUUUCAAACAAGCCUGAAGGACUCAAUUAGUUUAAUUAGGGUUAAAGCUAAACUUUGCAGAGCUCUGGCCCUCCAGGAACUGCAUUUGACCAUGUUCUAGAACAUAGGGCUGCGUCCGAAACCGCAUACUUCCAUACUGUACAGUACGCUAAAAUCAGUAUGCGAGCCGAGAAGUAUGUCCCAAUUCAUAAGUACCCGGAUGAUUACUACUUCUGGCGAGAUUCAAAAGUGCACAUCCCAUGCACACUACUCUAUCCCAUGAUGCUCCGUGAGUGAAUUCAUGAAUAGGAGUGAAGUGACGCAACUGACGCAGGUAGGUCACGUGACCAUGACAAAA